GACAUAUUUCACAAAAAAAUUUGUUUUUCCGUGUUGGUUUUUUGUGUCUUUUAUUUUUAACUUAAAAUAUUUAUGCAUUUAUAAAACAAUGUUGAUUCCAAUAAUAGUUUAAUAAAACUUAAAUUCUUCUCUAGUCUCUUAUCAAAACUAAACUAUUCACAAUGAGAGUUAUUUUAAUUUUACUGUACUUACUACUCAUAUUAGUUUUUCUGGCUAUAACAAUCUUCUUCAUUGCAAUCUAUGCUUUACGCCGCUGGAUCUUGAUAAGAAAAGCUAAAAUCCACAAAGGCAACGAUGUCACCGUCGGCAUCUUUCAUCCGUAUUGCAAUGCCGGCGGAGGAGGUGAACGUGUGCUUUGGUGUGCUGUCAGAGCAUUGCAGGCAAAAUAUGACAAUGUCAAAAUAAUUAUUUAUACCGGCGACAUUGAUGCCUCUCCAAAUACUAUUCUCAACCGAGCCGAAGGAAUGUUCAAUGUCGCCGUUGACCAGGACAAUGUUAGCUUUGUUUAUUUGAAAAAGCGUCAUUGGAUUGAGGCCAAAAUGUAUCCAUAUUUUACACUCCUCGGCCAAAGUCUGGGAUCGUUGAUUUUGGGCUUGGAAGCGUUGACUAAAUUCCCUCCAGAUGUGUAUUUAGAUACAAUGGGUUAUGCGUUUACAUUGCCAUUGUUUCGGUUUCUUGGGCAGUGUAAAGUUGGUUGCUAUGUGCAUUAUCCAACAAUUAGCACUGAUAUGUUGAGACGGGUGAGGUGUAGGGAAUAUGCUCAUAACAAUCAAGCUUAUGUGGUACGGAAUCCUUUUCUUACAUGGGCCAAAUUAACUUAUUAUAAGAUAUUCGCAAGGCUCUACUCUUGGGUUGGAUGUCGGGCAUUAACAAUUAUGGUCAAUUCAUCUUGGACAGAGAAUCAUAUAUUAGAUUUAUGGAAUGCUCCAUUUAAAACACAUCGCGUCUAUCCGCCAUGUGAGAUUGCACAUUUAAAAACGCUGGAAUUCACUGGCAACGAAGACGAACAAAUUGUCAUUUUAUCAGUGGGACAAUUUCGUCCAGAAAAAGAUCAUCCACUUCAACUUCAAGCUCUCUAUGAGUUGCGAACUCUACUCAAUAAAAACGAAGAUUUAUGGGCUAAGGUUAAACUAAUCAUAGCUGGGUCGUGUCGUCACGAAGAAGACUAUGUGAGAUUGAAGAAUAUGCAAGAUCUCUCAAAGCAUUUAUCACUUGAAAACAAUGUGGAAUUUAAAGUUAAUGUGUCUUAUAAAGAUUUGCUGCAGCUUUAUCAAUCAGCUAGAAUUGGAUUGCACACUAUGUGGAAUGAACAUUUUGGAAUUGGUAUUGUAGAGUGUAUGGCGGCAGGUUUGAUUAUGGUUGCCAAUCGAUCGGGUGGACCGCUUUUGGAUAUAAUUGAGACUUCAGAAGGCAGUCAGAACGGAUUUUUGGCUGUGGAUUCAAUUGAAUAUGCCACAUGUUUUUAUAAUAUACUUUAUAAUACCAAAGAGGAGAAUGAAGCAAUACGCAAUGCAGCAAGAUCAUCAGUUGAACGUUUUUCGGAAAAAGAAUUUGAAGUAAAUUUCCUAAGAGCCGUCAGUCCACUCUUUAAAACAGAGUAAAUUUAUUUAUAUCAUUAUAUUAUUAUUACGUAUUAUGGUUUGCAAUAGAUAAAAAUAUACAUAAAAAAUAUAAUUAUUAUGUCGCGCAUUAUAAUAAGAUGAAACGUUUAUCAUUAGAAAAGGCAAACAAAUUGGCACACAUUUUGUAUUAGGUAAAAUAAAUUCGAUAAAAAGAAAAAAAAAACUAAAUAAAUUAAAAAUUUUAAGGAAUCGUUAAAAAA